AUGUUUUUGAAUACUUUUGCUAUUUCCAAUUCAACCGUUAAUACUGCUUUAAAUAAAUUAAGCGAAGGCAAUGGAGUUAUUGUAGCAGGAGAUAAAAGAGGUCGUCAUCAUCCACUAAAUAGCAUAAAUGUAGACGGCCUAUCACAUCAAGACUUAGACUGGAAUUUACUUUUUGUGUCUUCAGAUAUGGAUAGCUUAGAUAGUGUUGAAAGAAUAUCGAUAAAAAGGAAGUGUAUUCAGAAAUUCAAGAAAUGCAGUAAAAGAGCAGCUAAUAAAUUAUUAAAAAACCUGGGACAAGAGUAUUUGAGUCAUGACGGGAAGAUAAAACUUAAGAAAAAGCUGUUACCGGGCUGUGACGAAAAAUGUAGGUUUCAGUGCAAAAGAAAUAUCACUGAUUCUUUAAGAAAAGAUAUAUUCACAAAAUAUUGGUCCCUUGGUGAUCGUAAGCGCCAGUGGGAUUUCUUAGCAAAGUUCUGCGAGAGAAGCGGAACUAAGACUAGGACAACAAAAGGCCCAUCCAUAAGAAAUUUUACUAUUAAAUAUUUUUUACCCAAUAAUUUGGAUGAACCAGAUCUGGGUAAUAAAACUAAAACAAUAAGCUUGUUUGCCACCCUUUUAACAUUUGAAAAGCGUAUAAGCCUCACGUCACGCAUCAAGCGCCAACCUGAGACGACGUGGCCGUCUCCACUUGAACUGCUCGCUUCGGUGCUGCCUCUGACUGCCUGGUUAGGAUUUUACGAUGACCGCAGCGACGUGGUGAUAUUGGCCAAAUCAAGGUACACGGGAAGAAACCUAGUCAUGUUCAACGACUACACGUAUUAUUGUAAGAAGCAGAACAAACGAAACAAUCAGUACCAUUGGUACUGCUCAACGCACAACUGGAAAGGAUGCAAUGCAAAACUCAAGUUGGAUGGGAAUUACACGUUUCUGGGCAUUGAUAAUGCCCACACUCAUCCUCCGGCGAGGUAUUUAAUACAUUAUCUACAGGUCCAGUUACACGAAAGCAGCUCGAAGAGACGAAUGUGGAACCAAGAAAACAUGGUCAACGCUAUAAAGGACUUAAGAGCAGGCAGAAUGGGCUUGAAAAAAGCGGUGCAAGUAUAUUCCGUGCCGAAAACUACUCUAAGGCGGUUCGUACACAGCAAUUACACGGCGGAGGAAGCUGUAAAGAUCUUUGAAUUUUUACCUACUAGAAAAGGGAAUUAUAGAUUGAAAUAUAAUGAUUACACAUUUUGGUGUCGAAAGUAUGAAAUUCAAAGUUCGAAAUCCGGCCGCUGGUAUUGUUCUAAGAAAAAGAGUAAAAAUUGCCCUGUGGUCGUACAGACCAUGGGUUGGGAUGUCGCUGCCGUGUUUGGAGAACAUAAUCAUAGUUGGAUUUCAUCCCAACGGGAAGAGGCAAUUUCAAGUUACACUUCGCUGGCCAUACAUACUGGUGCGAUAGAUACAAUUUUGUCACAGGGAAACCAUGCCGCUGCGGUAACACGAGGCCACCUCGGGGACUCAUGGGGUUGCGUACCCAUUGCGGAAGUGAUCAUAACGAAGAGAGGCUUCAAGUUUUUGUUAGUCAAUGGAUACACUUACUGUAGGAAUUUUGUGUCGGAAAAUAAAAUAAGAUGGCGUUGCUCUAACAGAAAGUGUUCCGCCAGAGUUCAUACGGUGGAAGGAAAGGUGACAGUCCUUAUGGAAAACCACAAUCACCCACAGAAACGCAGGUCUGAAGCCAAUCCCCUACACGGCAGAGCGCUGGAACUCUACUCACCAGCAGAAAUACAAAAUACACCACCAAAAUGUAGUGUUAUUUUACUGUGGUGUAGAAUGCUUCCCCAGAUGGGCGCUCCUAACCAAGCGGAUUUGCAACCGCAAUACUUAUUAAGCUCUAGAGGCAGUAGAAUGUUGCUAAUAGGUGGCAACAAGUACCGAGUGAACAGAGCCUAUGGCAACAGGGUCAGGUGGAGAUGCGCGACCCACGAAAGGUUUAGCUGCAGAGCGAGGGUACACACUAUUGAAGAUCAAAUAGUGUACUUCAUGGACGAGCACACCACAUACGAACUAGAAUAUCUCCCGACUACGUGA